UUUUGUGUACAUUGACGCUGUGAAUGGCGGUCUGGAGGAAGAUAACGGGUCCUCCUGCCAGCAUAGAAACCAAAAAUCGCCGUUCUCCCCAUCUGAUGUGCUUAUGUCGUUUAUAGUUUGUGUUUGCGUUUGUGUGACCGGUGGCGCUUAUCCGAGGCCCGAACCGAACCGCCUUCAUCCACACUCGCUAAUGGGCGCUCAGUAGCUAGCUAACCUGACGAUGAUGAUGAUGAUGAUGAUGCAUCGGAGGAAUUAUCCCGGUGUCUCCGACUGAGAUGGAGCCAGCAGCGACGCUCAAGUGGAGCUGCUUGCUAGCUAGCUAGCGAGCUAACGGUGCCCGCCCGGGGUUCCGCUUCAGAGUGGCCGAGCAGCCUGGAUACCGUCAGCUAAAUGGGAUACGGCUUGUUGUUCAACGCUAUCAGACAUUUCCACCUCUGUCCCCAGAUUUGAGAGAGAGGAGGCUGGCCAUGUCAACUAGCAGAAGAUGCUAACAUAACCGUGUAUGGUUAGCUACACGUGACACAGUUUUAUCUCGCUCCAACACUCAGCUCCAUCUCUGGCCGUCCUUGGAUGCUUCAGCGACAUUAAUUGGACGGUGUGUAUCAGGAUGGCACAGCUCCUGGACGGGGCCGGCAAACUGGGCUGGGUUCUGCUCAAGGCUGUGAUCCGUUUUGUGUUUAUGUUCUUCAACAACUGUGUAGCCAUCCCAUCCUACUGCUUAUACCUGCUGCUCUUGCAGCCGCUGAGAAUAUGGGACAGCUCCACUUUUUGGCACAUCGAAGGAGUCAUGUUCAAAUGGUUGCUGGCCAUGGUGUCUUCAUGGGGGUGGAUUGCAGGUUAUACAGUAACGGAGUGGGGUGACGACGUACGGCCCAUCUCUGAAGAAGAAGCCAUGGUCAUCGUCAACCACCAAUCCACAGGAGAUGUGUGCACCCUCAUGAUGUGCCUGCAAGACAAGGGCAUGGUGGUACAAAAAAUGAUGUGGUUGAUGGACCAUGUGUUCAAAUACACCAACUUUGGCCUAGUGUCCCUCAUCCAUGGGGACUUCUUCAUCAGACAGGGUAAAGCUCACAGAGACAAACAGUUGAUCUACCUGAAAGAUCACCUAGAGAAAUACUACCACAGCCGCGACAGGAAGUGGAUAGUGCUGUUCCCGGAAGGCGGCUUCCUGCGCAAGCGACGGGAAACCAGCCAGUUGUUUGCCAAGAAGCAUUCUCUCCCCCACCUGACCCACGUCACGUUGCCUCGUCUCGGGGCCACCCACGUCAUCCUAAAAACCUUGUCAGCCCAGCAGGAGAACGGCAGCGUGGGCGGCGACACUGGAACCCCAAACCAGACAGGUAAUAAACGUAAAGGCCUGCAGUGGGUAAUAGAUGUGACCAUAGCUUACCCCAAAGCAAGACCCAUGGACAUCCAGACCUGGAUCUUUGGCUACAGACCUCCUACAGUCACACAUGUACACUACAGGAUGUACCCAAUAAAGGAGGUUCCCAUGGAGGCCGAGCCCCUGACUGACUGGUUGUAUCAGAGGUUUGUGGAGAAGGAAGAGCUGCUGACCCACUUCUACGACACAGGAUCAUUCCCCUCUCAAGAUGGACAGAAGGAGGCGGUUUCCCGGCAGAUGACCCUCGACCCCGUGUGGCUGUGCCUCAUCCAGUCGUUUGCUUUCGCCUCCGGCUACGUUUGGUACAGCGUCCUCCAGUACCUCUACUGCUGUUUAUUUUGAGUGCGCUGAUGAGGCGAGAGUCUUUAUCGGACCACUGGAAAAGCCUCAGGAUCAGUUGGUGUGUGGCCCAGCGUCAUACUCGCCCCGCCCCCCCGCUACGAUGGAUGAAUGUACAUUUACAAAACUUGGAGAGACAACGUAAAAAAAAAAAUGAAGAACACAAACACACAGAAUACAAAUACCAAUCCAAUAAGAAAACUGGUCACAGGCAUAGUUAACUUGCACACAAACCCUAACACCACACACUUGCUCCUACGGCCUAGCAGAAUAAUCUCUCGCACUCGUCACGACUCACAUUUUGAUGUUUACACGUCCUCAUACACGUAGACGCUCACACGUACAUAACUUUUUAUUCGAAGUGAACGAAACGAGGCUCAGGACUCCUCCAGAGGACGCUCUGGACCGGACUCUCUCUCUUCCCCUCCUAUAGGCUUUAGCCGUAGUAGUUUUACAGAGUAUAAAGUAUGUAUGGACGCGUGUGUGUGAGUGAAUAUAUGUGACUAGAAGCAUAAUGUCUGCCCUUAUUCUUCUUCCUGGUGAGAGUUGAUGAAGCCCACUGGACCUCUCUUUGAGCCCGCUGACUAGCCAGCUGGCCACACCUUCCAGAGCGAGCGGCUGUAUGAACGUUGAGGCUGCGCGGCCCGCUGCUCCUCUGGUCUUCAUUGCACUAAGGAUCCAUACUGCCCUAACUGCUCCCUGUCCCAGGAAAUACUCCUGUGUGGUAGCUGUCAAUGUUUUAAUUUCUCUUUUAUUUCUCUUCCCUUAACCUGCAUAUCUCCACAACAACGGCCAUUUGUAUUUGUUGUUGAUGUCUUUUUUUUUUCUUUUUUUUUUUUUUCUUUUUUUUUUCUUCCCGCCUGUCUGUCAAGGCAGUAUUCUGAGCUCACUGAGAAAGGGCGAUCAUGUUUACACUGGCGGCCCUGCUGAAAGCCCAAAGGGAUGGCGGCUAUGAAGCGGCGCUCGAUUUAAAGGAUUGUUUCUGUGUCAAACGUGGAAGGGAGGAAGAGGAGACUAGUGCUAAUUUAAAAAAAAAAAAAAGAAAAGAGAAAAAAAAAGUGGUGGAACGCAGGGCAAGAAUUGCAGUCUGAUCACCUUAAAAAAAAAGUUCCUCUUUGUGGAUUCCCCCGUUUCACCCUCUCUGCUCUCCAAAACAUCCAUACACACACACACACACACACACAGACAGACAGUGCACACACAGCAACACACAGCAGAGUCGUCUCGAAGGAUCGUCUCAGCAAAGCCAGACUGAGAAGGCAGAGACUCUUACUCCCCCAUUGGACUACAUAGUUUUACAAAUAUUUAAGCCAUAUGCUUAGUGUCGUCGGGUGGGAAAAAGACAUGGAAGAAAAAAAGUAUGAUUUUUAUAGAAAGCUACCCUAAUGUUCAGCAUUCUAAAAUAGAGAUUUUGGCUUACAGAACUAUAGGUGUCAUUACUGUAAAUUUACAGCAUAACCUGCCUAAGUGAGUGUGUGUGGUUGUCUUUUCCCUUUCCCCCAUUUUUGAUAUAUACGAUUCAUGUGGUGUUGCUCUGUGACGUCAGAGUGUGGCGGCAGUUUCACCACGAGUGGUCAAAAUUUGAUUUCAUUUUGAAUUACAUGGAAAAAAACUGUCGUCCUCAUGUCAUGGUAUGUUUAAAUCUUGUACAUAACAAAGCUGAGGAAAGAGUUUUCAUUGUAGGAAAUGACGGCAGCGUUUCUCGCGCUUUUUUUUUUUUUUUUUUUUUUUUUUUGUCCGUGAUAAUUUCAGAGAAUUUUUAAUUUAAAAUAUCAUGAAUGUUUUUUGUUGUUUUUUAAAAAAAAGAAGAAAGUGAACAUUUCACCUUCAAUUCUCAGUGUUAACCCUGUCCUUUAUUUUCUUUCUCUUCUUUCUUUUUAUUUGACCAGGAAGCGGUUGUGUGCUUGUCCAUGUGGUGGCUGAAGGGAUGGGAAUUGACAGGAUUUUAUUGAAACAAACGCCGUUACCAUUUCAGUUUAUUGCUCCGAAAAAGUAUGACUAUACAGGUUUGAGUCUGAACAGUGUCGAUUAAAUGAGAGAUUAUUUGUACAGCUUUUGUUACGGUUUUCCUUCAUCAAAUAAGAGAUCUGCUCAGCCUGCCUGUGUGCUGCUAAUGUUAUAAUAACAGGAUGUUUACCCUCCAUAGUGGACAUACAGAGUGUCAAACACACAGCAUUCCUGAAAUUUAAGCCCAUGUUGUGUAAAAAAAGAUAGAAAAGUUUAGAAAAAUGCUUAAAUUGAACCAUUAAAUACAAAAAUAUCUGUUCUAAAGAUGCUUGAUUUUCAACAGCAUUUCAACAACACAGUUACUCAUAAAGCAGAAUAGUUUGAAAUGAAUUAAUCACGUUUCUAAUAUAUCUCUGGCGUCUAAACUAAACUGGCUAACAGCAAGAUAAUUCCUCUGUUGAUCCUUACUCUGGACAUUUGCAUUAAAUGAUCAUAAUCAGAACAUACAAUCAACGUUCAUAUGAACAGCUGGUAAAAUCAACAAAAUGUCAAUCUACAGUCGCAACAAUUCAGAUGUGUUGAUCAAGAGUGCAGAGAUUUUUUUUCUUUUCACUACCUUAAAAGUACUUAAAGUGCUUGAAUUUAAUUAUUUAAAAGCUGUACGAACCCUGGUUACGUUUUCCCGGUUAUAGGAAUUUGCUUGAAUUUGAAUAUAUUCCUUUAAAAAUGCUUCAUUUUCAACAUAAUCUCGUGUUCUAUCGGCAUCAUGUCAACCAAGACUUUUUUUUUUAUAUGUGAAAUAAAAUAAAGCGGUCCCCUUGUCAUAUUUGUUUAUCGUCAAGUUACACUGACUGACAUAGGAAGAUAAUAAAAAUUAGUUAUGUUUAUUUUUCCCUCCACUGUUAUUUAGCAGUUUUUCCCAGUUGCAUUUAUAAAACAUAUUUAGAUGUGAUGAUAAAGGCUUUAAGAGUCUGGGCAUUUUUCUUUCCUUGAAAGCGCUUGAAAAGUGCUUGGAUUUUAGUCUUAAAAAGCUCUAUAAACCCUUACUUGAAAUCAUCAUUUUACAGGCGUGAGGAGCAUCAUUCGUGAAACGAAUCCACUCUGGACGGUUUCUUCCUCUCUGACACGACUCCUUUUUGUUUCAAGUAUUCGGUAGCUUGACACUCGAGUUUGACUCAGCUUGGAGCGAUUCCUAUACAAGUUUAUCUCAAUACAUUAGAAUAUGAUGGAAAUGUCCACAUAAUAAUUUUUUCUUACUUUUCAGAGGACAUUUCCAUAUUAAACAUACGUUUUAAAAUUGGUCUUUUGCAAUAUUCACAUUUUUUUGAGACAAUGAAUUUUAGGUCUUCAUUAAAUGUAAGCCAUAAUCAUAAUUUGAAGAAAUUAAAUAAAUUAAGACAUGAAAUGUUUCAUUCUGUGUGUAAUGGAUCUAUAUAAUGUCUUAUUGCCACUUUUUUAAUUUAAUUACUGACAUAAAUAAACUUUUCUAUGAUAUUCUAAUUUAUUGAGACGCACCUGUAGAUCGGACAAUUUCUCUUCUCGAUUCCCAUCCCUGACGUUCCCUCAGCCACACAUGGGCCCAGUGUCAAACUUGUACUGUUGUACAUUUUAAAUCAUGAGGAUUUUAGUGGAACAAGCCUCGACUAUCAAGCCUUACCUGAUGUCCUGGUAAACCACAAUCCAGAAUAAAUGCUGUGUCCUCACACUCCCCUCUCCUGACAGAACAUUUGGUUUCACAGCAUCGAGCUCAAACUGGGCCGGCGAGGAACAGAUCACUCUUCACUUCCGAGGGAAACUCUGGCAGGGCCAUGCAACGAUGCAGCUGUUCUCUCUCGAAUGUACUUGUGUCGUGGUUUUGAGGUCAAUUAUAUGUAAUUUGCUUGGCCUGCUUUAAUUAGGAAAAUUAUAGAGCAGCCACAAUUAUCAUUGUCAGAAACGAAUGCAUAAAGUAUGCAUUUUUUUUAGUAAACUGCCCUCCCUGUGUGGCACUGUUGGUAGAAACUGUGUGUGAAAUGCAAAAAAAGGGCUACCUGACUAGGUAGGUAAAACAUUUUAGACCCGGCUGUUAAAUGUGAUUUAUCCAGCGGCCCUUUCAGAUUCCCCUCCAUCGUGAGAGUGACUUGAAAAUGAAGCUUGAUCUUUCUUUUUUCAUCUUUUCACUUCUUUUUUUUUUUUUUUUUUUUUUUUUUUUUUUUUUUCCGUUUCUGACCAUGUUUCCAAAGAAGGCAGGGAAAUAAUGUUUUCCUAGAUGUGGUUUUAGGAAAUAAACACAAUAGGGAUUUAAACAAAUUAUACUAGAGCUGUCUGUAAUUUUCCAUUUUGUACUUCUCCUUUAAUUCCUAGCUACACAGCCAUUUUACAACACAAAAGACUUGUGCUGGAAUAAAACAUCAUAAAGAUCCUAA